CAGAACCAGCCAGGAUUGAAAUAACGUAAACAUUACAACAACAUUGGUGUUGGUGUUCUCUUCUGCUCUCUCACCUCACCGUGUCUAUCCACCAAUACAAAACCGAGUUGAGUUCCUUCACCUUUUCACUUUCACACGCUUCUUCUCUUUCUUUCCUCCUUCCUUUUCUUCCUUCAACUUAAAUAAAACCAUCUCAACAACAACACACCCUUUUGUUUCUACUUUCUUUCCCUCUAUUGAUUUCCAAACUUAGAAAUUCAAAUAUGGUUCACCACCAUCGUUACCAUCAAUUUAGAAAACCUUCAGAUGAGGAGUCACAGAAUCAUGUAGUUAUGGAUUGUUCAAAGAGAACUAGUAGGCCUAAGUUGUUGUCUUUUCUCUUCCUCAUUACUUUUCUCUCUUGUUGCUAUGUAUUAGCACCUCUUUUCCUUCCACCCUCUUUCACUUUCUCUCUAUUAUCAUACUCUUUUGGAACUGAAAGUGAUGCAGACCAAGAUGGGGUUGAUGUAAAUGCUUCUACAUGGCCAUGCUCUCGAGUUUCAACUGGAACUAUAUGUUGUGAUAGAAGUGGUCACCGUUCUGAUAUCUGUGUGAUGAAAGGUGAUAUAAGAACACACUCUUCUACCUCUUCAAUUUUCCUCUACAACUCAAUAAGCCACAACAUUGAUUCAAAAACUGUUAAAGUUGAAGAUGAAAAGGAUCAAGUGCUCCAACAUGAAAAGAUAAAACCUUAUACUAGAAAAUGGGAGACAAGUGUCAUGGACACCAUUGAUGAAUUGAACCUCAUCUCAAAGAUAUCGAAUUCGCGUAAUGUUCAAGGUUGUGAUGUUCAACACGAUGUUCCAGCAGUGUUCUUCUCUAAUGGAGGCUACACCGGCAAUGUUUAUCAUGAAUUCAACGAUGGAAUCAUACCAUUAUACAUCACUUCACAACAUUUCAACAAGAAAGUUGUGUUUGUGAUACUUGAAUAUCAUAAUUGGUGGAUCACAAAAUACGGUGACAUCCUUUCUCGUCUAUCAGAUUAUCCACCGAUUAAUUUUAGUGAAGAUAAUAGGACUCAUUGUUUCUCUCAAGCCAUUGUUGGUCUCAAAAUCCAUGAUGAACUAGCUGUUGAUUCUUCAUUGAUGGAAGGUAACAAAAGCAUUGUUGAUUUUAGAAACCUUUUGGAUAAAGCUUAUUCGCCUCGGAUUAAAGGACUAAUUCGAGACGAGGAAAGGGAAGCACAAGAGAAAUCAAAACAACAAAAACAAAUUGCAUUAUCUCCAUCACCCGAACCGGAAACCUCAACCUCGCAACAACAAUAUGAUAAUCAAGGAGUUCAACAAAUUGAAUGGACAAAACCAAAAUUGGUUAUUCUAUCAAGAAGUGGUAAUUCAAGAGCUAUAACUAAUGAGAAUUUGCUAGUGAAAAUGGCAGAGGAAAUUGGAUUUAAGGUAAAAGUUUUAAGACCUUCAAAAACAACAGAAUUGGCAAAGAUUUAUAGAGUACUAAAUUCAAGUGAUGUUAUGAUUGGUGUUCAUGGUGCUGCAAUGACACAUUUCAUGUUCAUGAAACCUUGUUCUGUGUUCAUUCAAGUUGUUCCUCUUGGUACUACAUGGGCUGCAGAAAACUAUUAUGGUGAACCUGCAAGGAAACUUGGUUUGAAAUACAUUGGAUAUGAAAUUCAACCUAAAGAAAGUUCUUUAUAUGAUAAAUAUGAUAAAGAUGAUCCUGUUCUAAAAGACCCUCAUAGCAUUACAAUGAAAGGGUGGGAAUAUACAAAGAAAAUCUAUCUUGAUAGCCAAAAUGUUAAAUUAGAUCUUAGAAGAUUUAGAAAAAGGUUGCAUAGAGCUUAUGAGUAUACAGUUCUUAAAUCAAAUUUGAACCUUCAACGUAAACCACAGUAGAUUUUCCACUCCAUGGUUUCAUUUUUUUUGUAUCUAUUUAAAAAAAAUGUUUAGUUUUUAAGUGUUGAACAUUCUUUAUGCAUAUAAUGAGAAGCUGAAAAGUUCUCAUAGUGUGUGAUAUGUUGUGUACAGAAAGAAUUUAGAAGUGAGUAUAUUUUUCUAGGAUGUGUAAUUAUAAAAAAUAGCAAUUUGUUAUUGUGUCAUUUUUGGUGUGUUAAUACAUGUGUAACAUGGUUGGUUUACUUGAGAUUCAAAUUCAUUAGUCCAAAGUGGUUGGCUUCAAA